AUGUCCAUUUCGGGGACGCUCAGCAGUUACUAUGUCGACUCCAUCAUAAGUCAUGAGAGCGAAGACGCGCCCCCCGGCAAGUUUCCCGGGGGCCAGCAUCCGGGGCCCCGCCAGCCCGGCCACACCGAGCAUUUAGACUUCCCGUCCUGUAGUUUCCAGCCUAAGGCUCCGGUGUUCAGCGCCUCGUGGACGCCCCUGAACCCCCAUCCUCCGGGGACCCUCCCUUCGGUGUAUCAUCCGUACAUUCAGCACCAGGCGGUCCCUCCGGCCGAGAGCAGGUAUCUCCGCAGCUGGCUGGAGCCGGUGGCCAGGACAGACACUGUUCCCGGGCAGGGGCUGGUCAAGGCGGAGCCGCUGGCCGGGGGCUCCGGGGAGCAGCUUCUCAAGCCGGGGUCGGGCCAGGAGUACAAUUUAGAAACUGCGGCGGGCAGAGAAGCGAUCCUGUCGAAUCAAAGGCCCGGCUACGAGGACAAUAAAAUUUGCGAAGGAAGCGAGGACAAAGAAAGAGCUGAUCAAACCAACCCAUCGGCCAGCUGGCUGCACGCUCGCUCGUCCAGGAAAAAGCGGUGUCCCUACACCAAGUACCAGACGCUGGAGUUAGAGAAGGAAUUUCUGUUCAACAUGUACCUCACCAGAGACCGUAGGCACGAGGUAGCCAGACUGCUCAACCUGAGCGAGAGACAAGUCAAAAUCUGGUUUCAAAACCGAAGGAUGAAAAUGAAGAAAAUGAACAAGGAACAGGGCAAAGACUAGAUCCCCUUUUCCACCUCCUCCCCUGUCCCU